UCUACCCCUUUGCAUGGCCUACGUACAAAAUGUCCAUAUGAGAACAGUACUAUUUUGGAUAUCAAACAAUUGCGAAUUACUUCUGCUUACAUCAAUCGGAAAAGCAAAAUAUAUCUGAUUCUCGAUUCUUUUUUUGCUAUGCCUAUAACAUGUGAAUUUCAACUAAAUAAUCAAAGGGCAACAUAUUUUACUGGAAAAACAUUUGCGGGUUCGAUUAUCCUAACAACAACCAGUGACAAAGAUAUUCGAAAUAUACGAAUACGUUUUUUGGGCAAGGCAAAAGUCUAUUGGAAUAAUACCCGACUCUAUGGCAGAUUUAUUAGCAGCAUCAUUGCAUCGGAAAAUUAUGCCUACAAGUGUGAAGAGACAUAUGUACAUCAGCAAGUCAUUGCUAGAGGAAAAGGCACCCUAUUAACGGGUUGUCAUGUAUUCAAUUUUCUCUUUCGCAUACCCAAGUCUUGUCCUAGCUCGCACAUUGGAAAAUAUGGGGAAAUAAGUUACGAGUUGCUAUUAACAGUGGACAGACCGCAACACACAAAUAACAUAUUCAGUAAACUAUUGACUGUUGCGAGGAGGGUUAAUUUGAAUUCUUUUCCAGAAUUGAAGUCUCCGGUUUCAGCCGAGGAGAGCUAUUAUCCAACCUGUUUUACUUUGGCAAGUGGUAAAAUAAGCUUCGAAUUUACAUUACCAUUUAGGGGAUUUGCCUCCGGCCAAAUUCUACCGUACUCUCUACAGAUAAGCAACCAAUCAAUGAUCGACAUUAGUGGCUACAAACUGGAGUUAGUGGAAGCCAUAACAUAUAUUGCCAAACAUCCGUAUUACAAGGAGCGCAAGAAACGAUGGGUUCUGGCAAAAGCAGUGUUCAUGGAUCCCUGUUUGCGUCUCACCAACCGCCAAUUCAAUAGAUCGCUUCAGUUACCUUCGAUAGCACCGAGUUGUAGAAAUCAAUGUAUAAUCCAAUGGCAACAUCUGCUGGAGCUCAAAAUAAUAGCCGGUGGAUGUUUUGGUAAUAAGAGUGUCGCAAUUCCAAUUGUUAUUGGCAGUGUGCCUCUGAUAGAGAGUGUGCAAGAGGGAUGUCAGGAAAAUGCAACUCCCACUACCCUACACAGUACCUUGCAGCCUAUCUCCCCAACUGGUCCGCCAGUCUAUAUGAUGGAUGUUCCGAGCUGCCUACCCCAUUCCCCAGAGGAAAAUAACGCCUCUCAUCCGCCUUUGUAUGAGGAAUUAACGCCUCCCUCGUUUGACGAAGCUAUGAUAACGUUAUUUCCCGUCAGGAGUUUAGAAGAAAUGGACUAAGCAGGCAGUGUCGUGCAUGCCAAUAUGCAAAAUAAAACAGUAUUUUUAUAGGUAUAUUUGAUCUGUUCCUGUACCUGCAAGAACCUACUAGUUUUGAUUUUUUUUUUUUUUCGAAAUCAUAAGGAAAAAAUUGGCUAUCGUAUUAAAAAAUAAAUAAUUUUUGAGGUUCUGGAACAGGGAAAUUAUCUUGGUUUCAAACCUAGAAGAAUCUAAUAGUUCUGCCUUUUUAUCAGUAUUUUUGUUUUCAAUUUUAUACGGAAUAUAACAUUUUAUUACAAAUGUGUAAAAAUUGUUCUUGGUUUUAGCAACGAA